AGAGCCCCUAAAAUUGAUGCUGUAAUAAUCCUUACCAAAAAAACAGUUUCACACGUCACGUUACCCCGCUGGUGUUUUAUUGGAGGUGUUGAGUUCAGGAGCUGAGUCAUCGUCUUCUACACCAAAACUGAGGCAAUGAUUUAUUGUCUUGUCUGUACUUGUUGUGUUGAAACAGGAUGAGGGCUCAAAAAACAGAGCUUGCCUUUGACACUUGAAAAAGGCUUCAGGAUUAUGUUAAAUCAGAAGCAUUUAACAGAAACAGGAAAACAAUGGGGUCGCGGAAAGGACAAGGCAAAUAUAAAGAUCGAUCUAGCCAUUUUAUGAAUCAAAAUUGGAUCAUUCGAAUGAAGAUCGAUUUGAGUUAACCCAGCCCCGCUCUCUACACGUGAUUAUAAAUGUUGAUCCUUUUCCGGUGCUAUAAGAGGCUUCUAGAAUGGUGAUGUCUCCCAAUGACCUGGUGACAUCAUCACAUGCCUAAGACCUUAGCCCUUUUUUGCUUCUUGAUUAACAGAUUUUUCUUUUAUUACGCUGGGUGAUAAAGGAGAUGGCAGGAAGUAAAAGGCAAAGAUCAAAGGCAUGUGAUGGUUGCCAACUGCCACUAAACAAAACAAAAAAACAAAGGAUCCAAGGAUUCUGCUCCAUCCAUCCAUUUCAGGUAUCAACCUUUAUGUGCUGUACCUCUAGGAAUAGGUGUGCCAAAAUGGAAGUCGAAGAUGAUUUUACACUGAUCAACUUGUUUACAAAUAUGACUGACGGACGUAUAUCAAGCGGGCAGGGAUUCACCCCAGCUGCUCUGAACAGUCAAACAAGCUCAGGGAUAAGCCUGCUGUCAGAUUUGUCCUCAGCGGAAGACUGGAUGGAGACAAACCGACUCUGUCCACAGCAAAACGGGACCAAACCCCCCAUCGCAGAGACAGCUUGUAUUUUUGUUCAGAGCCAAGACAAUGACGAGGCCUCAGAGAGCGAGGAUUACUGGCAGUCCAAUGGCCCCAGGAAGUGUUUGUGCGAAAGUGUGAAAAGCCUUUGUGUCUGGGAAGAUCCUAUCUCAGACCACGAGGAAGAGGAUGAUGAGAGCCUCUAUUCGAUGAACUUGCUCAGCGGGUCCUCAGACCCCAACGACCCACUUAUCUAUCAAGCCCCGCUCGAGAUUCAAAGGCCCGUCAAGGCCUCUCCAAGAGUGCCAUCUCCAUCUGAAUGCAGUAAGAAGCGGGAGGGGCUGGACCAUGCCCUCACCGAGGCCUCUGCCCCGACCUCCUCCACUUCCACCUGUUCUUCCUCCACGACCCAGAGUGGUGCUCCAUGCCAAAAGUUCUCUGAUCAUGUGGAGGAGUUCACCCUCAGCUCUGAGAACGAUGGCCACGCCUCCUGGCCGGAGGCAUUUAGCUUUCAAGGGCCCGACAAGGCCCCUCCGUGUGUGCCAUCUACGUCUGAAUGCAGGACGAAGGAGGAGAGGCUGGACAACGCCCCCCCCGAGGCCUCUGCCCCGACCCCCUCCACCUUAUCUUCUUCCUUCAGGACCCAGAGUGGGGCUCCAACCAAAAAUGUUCAAUUCUCUGACCACGUGGAGGAGUUCACCCUCAGCGGUGAGGAGGAUCGCCAUGGCCCCUGGCAGGAGGCGGCCAUGGACCGCUUCCGAUUCCAGUGGCGCUGCCAGGAGGUGGAGACGAUGAUCGGCUACUGCCUGGAGCCGAAGCACCGCAGCCUGGUGUACGAAUACCUCUACGCCAGUGACACACCUCCUACUCAUUGUGUUACUGGAGAGAACGACGGAAAAAAAAAAGAUAUAAAACUUUAUUGAUAUCGUUACAAAAAAGGUCUCGAAGUUGGAGCUAUUAAUACAGGAGCCGGCUCGAGAACACUCGAAGGAUUGACAUUGUUUUUUCAUGUAGUGGUCUACUUUGCUGGUUAACUCUAAGUGAAAGAUAACUAAAUGUGUACGAAAAUACACAUUUGAUGUUAUUUGUUCUACUACCCUCUCUGCACCUGUAUAUUUCUCCUACAUUCAGCCAACAGGCUCAUCUGCAUAAUUAAACAUAACAUUUCAGGAGAAAAUACUGUCUUGAUGUUGCUCAAUAACCGGGGAAGUUCCUUUUGGACUCUAUUCACCUGCAGUGCCAAUUGGCGAGUGUAUGCCAAUUAUCACAUUUUCAUGAGUUGAGGCCUAGGUAGCAUUGCACUUCGCCGCCUCGGGGACAAACUGCAGGUCUUACUGUUGUUUUCAUUAGGAGAUGUGGUUCUACAACCUCUUGUCAGUCCUCUCCUCUCCAGUCCUCUCAUUUUUUUAUUUUGUUUUGACACUGGUAUCUUCCCCCAGUUUUGAUCAGUGGGUCAGGUUGAACUGGUUCUGUCAGUCAAAUCCAGGGCGAGCCUUCACAGCCUUGUGCUACAUGCCAAGCAGAUGGCAGAAUGUGAUUAGAUAAGUAUAGAGUGGCUGCUCAUUAUUGAAACCUGAUCCACGUCCUCAUUGGGUCCGGACUACUUCCUGGUGGAGUUCAUCAUGGACCCGGGUUCCUGAUAGAGAGGCAGGCUUAUUGGAAUAUUCCCGCCCACUCCUAGCCUAACCCCGCCCUGCCGGUGCUUCCCGGUAGAGUGGACCACACACCCACACCCACACAAGUGCGCUUCUGGAUAUCUACUCUCUUUUGUAUGUCUGUCCCGCGUCGUUUACUUUCUUCUUGUUCUUGACGCGACAUCUUUCUGCCGGGCUCUGCCUCGCCAACACAGCCGGACUGGGAGCUGUGGCCACUGAUGAGACGGUCCCAUUAGUGGAAAACCAGGAAUUGGAGGGGAGUCGAGCCGCCGACGCACCGAAAAGACGCUCGAGGACAAGCAUGACGAUGACUACGGGGCUUUUCGCCGCUUUAACGUUGAGCGCCAUGUUGACGGUGUCCCGCAGUGAUGCAGAAUACCAGCUUCCUCCGCCAACAAACCUGUCGUACGUGUGGAUCAACAAGUUUGCUGUGAAAAUUUCCUGGGACUGGGAAAGGCCUGGCAUUGAGUCACUAGCAGAAAAAUCUAAGAUCAGUUACGAACUCGUUGUGGAGCAGCCAUAUCCAAAAAAAAUCGAGCUCUUGGAUUCGAAAAGCCACGUCGAGCAUUGUAUCACAGAGAACGGGGAUUCUGAUCAUUGCAAGUUCACUGUUCAUGCAAAGUUCCACGAAGAGACCUGCAAUGGUUGCAAUCAUAGCACAGACGUGACUGAAACCGCUAGAAGAGAAGAGCCACGAGUUGAAUUGGUGAAGGAUUUCAAAUGUCUCUAUACAACAGAGGGAUUCAACUGUUCAUGGAUCCCAGUGGAUCCGUAUCUGAACCUGGAGUUAAGCUAUAGGGCUUGUGCCUCAGAUCCCAACAACAAUGAAAGUUUGAAACCAUGUAAUCGACCUUACAGCACUGGAGAACGGAAGGGUUGUUACUGGUCUUGGCCAAGUCUUGGACGAGCACAAGUCUUGGACGAUCCCGAUAUCUGCAUUUAUAUUGAGUCUGAAAUUGGAUGGCACUACUUCAAACCUAUAAUCGGACCAGCUUCACCUGUCUUGACGAUCACAGAAGACCACAAUCACCUCAAGUUGACAUGGUCAUCUCCAGAGAUCCAAAACAACUGUAUUUGGAUCUACGAAUUGUGCUACAGAGAAUGCGAUAAGUCCGAACAAUGCCGGAACCACACCCACGAGCUCUCAGACCAGAAUGAAACGCUCUCGCCCCAGAAUGAGAUGCUCUACAACCGAGACUGCCGGUAUGAGUUCCGGUCCAGAUUGAAAACCAGCGGAAAUUGCCCGAAACUAGUCAGCGACUGGAGUGAAAUUGUAACUCAUGGUGCCAACAAGACUCCUGACCAGACGCUGCCCCUGGUGGCCAUCAUUAUCCCCAUAAUUUUGUUCGUCUGCAUCCUUCUGGCCUGCUACUGCUUCAGAAGGCACAGCGACAUUAUUUGCCCCAACAUACCCGAUCCCUCGGCAAUAUUCAAAGAAAUGGUGAAUGGAAACAGAGAGCAUAACAAAGCAGAACAGAAGCCAUUCGAAAAUGUGUACACGCCCAUGCCAGAGGACGUCGAAUCCUGCAAAGUCACCCUCAUAAACCAAAGUGGCGCGCUGCAGCCAAACUCCUGACAGGCGCCCCCACACCGUCUUUCCUCGGGUGGUGAGAUGUCGGGGGAGAAAUUUAAUACACCGCAUGCCCACCUGCACCUGCGACCUGCACCCAUUGGACGAUAGCAACUGUCCGUCACAAUGUGUCCAUGCCCGUGCUUGAUCGUCUAUUCGACUCUAAAUGGGACGAUAAUUUAUAAAACGAGCUUUGUGAUGCAUUGAAGAAGACUUGUAGUUAUUGAUUGAGACCUACAAUCGUUUUCUCCCAGACCUCUAUGGGAACUGAAGUCUUUUUGCAAGCAGAACAGGGGAGUCGCCCCUUUGUUAGUCAGAAUACGGGUGUUUGGACUCAUCGCUGACAUGUGAAAUAACUUAACACCAGACUUAAAAGCUUCUUUUUUUCUGUCCUCUGAUUGAAGCAUCGAUUCUGUAACUGUUGUACGUUUUACAAAUGAGCUCUGCUGUACUUGUUCUGUACUGACCUGAGCACAGUUCUGUACCACUCUGACCCGCUGGAGGGUGGCAAAUACAAGGACCUAAGCUGCUAUUAAGGUAGUCAUGGUAAGGAGUGAUGAUGAAGACAACUCAAUCGUUCGAGGGUUAUUAUGUUUUUCGGGCAUUAAGCCUUUUUUUCGAUGGAGCAGAGUGUGGGCAUGAAAGCGAGAGAGGGUGGGAAAUACAUGUCAGGCUGAACCCCCGCAACUCAAGCCUCCUCGUUCGUCAAAAGACCAAUAAGCUGUGGACACCAGAGGAACACAAUGAGAGAGCUUGUCAAACCUGUUGAGGCCAUAGGAGGAAGACAAGGGUUCUGACCGAGUGUGUGUGCGUGGAUUGGAGGACUGCAAUUGGGCCAGGGGGAGCUACUGUACAUUAACUGGACACUUUCCGGCCAGUAAGAGGGGCUGCCGUAUCCCCGGGGACCCGCUGUUCAGAUGCCUGCCACCAGGGCAGCUCGACAACAGGCAGCAGGCAAUCUCCUCUGAGCAAUGGACUGUGACGUAAAAGCCGCCUAGUGAGGGAGUAAUGUCUCAAUAUGUCUAAGGCAUGAUUACAAACACUGUUUUACAUGGAACUGAUCAGGACAGUGCCCUUGUGUUUAUGCUGUAAUUCUUAAGAACAGACUUUCCUAAUGUGAAAUGUAAUAGGUGUGGCUACAGUGGAGAUGUGAACACAUCUAAUCCCUGUCAGUCUCUCAAAAGGAAGUACACUGUGUUGUCAGUCAGGAGACCAACAGACUUGCGUGAACUUUGCCCGCAGAGGCUCAUGUCUCUGCAUAGAGUCCACAUGACUUGCACACUUGGGGACGGACAUAACAACGUUCUUACAUAUGUCGAUGUGAUUUGUCGUUUGAAAAUAUUACUUGUGGUGUUACUGGUCAUUUUUUCCAUCUUUGAACACAACUUUCAACAUUGUUUUUGGGCAAGAGAAUUGUGUGUGAAUUCAACUUGAUUACAACAUGCCUGUCAGCUCUAAUAAUGUUGUGUAAUUAUUCUGUCUGCUACACACCCAAAGUGCCACAUCACCAUUAGUUUCCUUUAUUAAUACCUUUCUAACACGUACACAUUACAUGUGAUAUUCACAUCAUAUUGUAUAAUAUUGUGAAACCAUACUUGUUUACAUAGAUAUAUACCUUUUUAAUAUUCAUUUAUGGGCGAAUGGGCUUAAUUUUGAUAGCAAUUUUAUAGUCUUGAUGACCACUCAACACAGUAUACAAUACAAUUUCGUCCUUGAAACACACACCCAUGUGUGCAGCAUUUUGUUUAACACACAUCACCCACACACUGCCAGCACAGACACAGCACCCAGGGAUCCAACCAGUGACCUUUUUCGUUACGGGGUGACCCACUGUACCUCCUGAGCCGCAGCUGCCCCCAUAUAAUGUUUACUGUAUGCUAUACCUGCCCAUGUAUUUGUAUUGAAUGGAGAGGCGGUGGACUAGUGGCAGAAACUUGGACUAUGGGCAGAAAAGGUCUCUGCUUCGACUCCACGGAGAAACAACAAAAAGACGAACCUGGAUUGAUCUGUCCAAAAAUCUAAGUGAAUUCUCCCUACCCUGUCUAGUGCCCCUGAGCAAGGCACCGUACUCCCCAAACAUCUGCUCCCCGUGCCGUACAUGGCUGCUCACUGCUCUUGUGUCCUUCACCGCAUGGGUUAAAAGCAGAGGUUAAAUUUCCCUACCUGCAUGAGUGUGCCUGUGCGUGUUUGGGAUAAAUAAAUGUAUCUUAAUCUUAA